AUGGCUAAUGCUAAGCCAAAUUUUGCAGUAGGUGAAAUAUGGAACACUCUUGCUUAUGGAAGUGAUGGAAAACCAGUGUACAACCGGGAUGGUCAUCUUGUGAAAUGGAUACAAGCUGCUGGAGGAUGUGUUACAGCUUUUGAUUUUACAACUAAAGAGAUACUUCAAACUGCAAUUCCAGGAAUGAUUGGCUUGAGGCUAGGAAAUGCUGUAACUUUCAUAGAUAAUCAUGAUACAGGUUUCACACAGAACCUUUGGCCAUUCCCACCAGAUAAAGUCAUCCAGGGAUAUGUCUAUAUUCUUACUCAUCUAGGGAUCCCAUCAAUUGGUCUCAAAGAGGGGAACUCUAUACUCAUUGCAAUUCGAUCUAGAAAUGGGAUCAAGCCCACAAGUUUUGUGCAAAUUCUAGCCUCUGAUGCAGAUCUCUAUGUUGGAUUACGCAUGUGUUUAUCUCCCCAACAAGUGGUAUCAGAGCUAAAGUUAGAGUCGAAGCGAUGCCUGGAGAAGAAGACAAGGCUUCAGGAAUUGAGAAGUUUGAUAGAAUAG